AGCCGGAUACAAGAGAUACAAGUGCUUCAUGACCGCGCUGGCAUACAGCUGGUCUCGAGGCAUUUUCUAUUCUAAAAGGUUCCAAUGAUGUGCCGCUAGGUGGACACCGUUUACUGUCGCUGCUGUCGCUUUCUCGUAAAAAUGGCAGCGGACUGCGACGCGAAUAUGAAACAAGAAACCCCAACAGUGCCUUUAAAAGCGGGAAGAGGGAGCACAAGUCGAGCGAUAUUCAUCCUCGCUAUGAUAUUCCUGUCCUCACUGCUGUGCCUAUUUCUAGUCUACUUGAAUUUUCCAAAAUUAGAACCGUCUGAAAAGCAGCAUAUCAAGUUACCAAGGGACAUAGAAGAUGCCAAGGGGUUGGGGCGCGUCCUCAACAGGUACACGGAUAGAUAUUUCUUUGCAGUCACAUCGGGAUUCUUCGUCACCUACAUUUUCCUGCAAUCGUUUGCCAUUCCUGGCUCCAUCUUCCUGAGCAUCCUCUCCGGAUUCCUGUUCCCUUUCCCUAUGGCGCUCUUCCUGGUGUGCCUCUGUUCGGCCUUGGGAGCGUCGUUCUGCUACUUCUUCUCGUACCUGGUGGGAAGACGCCUGGUGCUCAAGUACUUUCCGACCCGGGCGCUCCAGUGGUCCGAACAAGUGGGCCAGCACAGGGCUCAUCUGCUCAACUACAUGAUCUUCCUCCGCAUCACCCCCUUCCUGCCCAACUGGUUCAUCAACAUCGCAGCACCCGUCAUCGACGUGCCCAUCGCACCUUUCUUUCUCGGAACCUUCGUCGGGGUGGCGCCGCCGUCGUUUGUGGCCAUCCAGGCGGGCACCACGCUGCACCAACUGAGCUCGUCCAAGGACGCCGUGUCGUGGUGGUCUGUCUCUGUGCUGGCCGCCUUCGCUCUCCUCUCCCUGCUCCCAGUCGUCUUCAAGGGCAAGCUCAAGCAGAAAGUGCUCUAGCCGAGGAGCCCCCCUCCCCCUCAGACUCUUCCCUCUCUCCCUUCGGCUGCAGAGAUGAGGGCAGAUGCAGACUGGAUCUUUUUCCUUUCCCUCGCACUCCUCCGGUCCCGUGUUUUUUAUUUCGGGGAUGUCUCAGUUUCCCCAAAAUCCCAAAGCUCCGCUCCGUCGGUAGUGUUUUCUCUUGUUUGCCGCAUUUGAAUUGUGUCGUUUAGCGCCGGGACUCCCGCAUGGUUUUCAUUUUUUGUUUGUUUUGUUUUUGAGCGGACUCGAGGAGAGCGGCAAUGGGAAAUUGGGCAGACGACCGUCACCGUACUGCCGAGAGAAUGCGGGAGAGCUGCCCCCUGCCAUGGAGGUUGGAAGUGCACAAUUUUCAACAAAGUGCAUUUUCUUUUCUUUUUUUUUUCUUUUUUUUUUUUUUUUCAUUUAGAACUUUAGAUCUGGCUCAUUAAUAUAUACAUAGUAUAUAUAUUAUGCACACUUUUGUCUUCUCGUGCUCGAACGUGAGCCUCCCUAUUGAACUGCUUUUCUCUGGAGUGAUAGUGUCUUUCCGUUUCAUUUUCCACAAAUAUAUACAUAUUUCUUUUUUUUUUUUAUUCGGAAGGUUGCAGGGUGUUGGCGUACGCUCCACCCAAAUAUGUGUGGCUACGAACCUUUUCUGAAAACUAUGUAUACAUGUGUGCUCGCUCUUUAGUAUCAAAACGUUUCACUCGCUUCACCCCGUCCUUUCAUUUGUCCUCUUGUUCUCGAAAUGCACUCGACAAGCACAUUGAAACCCGCGUCGCACUCCGACGAGAAAGCCAUCGGGUGUAAACUUGUAAGUCCGGCCCCAUUAUGAUCGUAUGCAGUGUUCUCUUCCCUAAACACGAAGGCUCAGAAAUGCGUAGCAGUCACGGGAAAAGCUCUCCCCGUAGGCUCCACAAAGUUUCGCACUGAAUGAAGACACAAACGAAAUGGGAAAUGUGAGGGAGAAGGGAGGUUCAAAAGUUGGUGGUGGGUUUUUGGAAAUCUGAAGGACGUAUUAAAAUCCUGCCUGCCUGACAACUUUUGCUUCGGCAAAACUUUUAAAUAGUGGCCCUGCCUGGGCAUUAUUUUGCUGCAUGCCUUUCCACUUCACAAAUUGACUGCUCCAUGUUUUGUACGCUUUGAACAUUCAUUUGUAGAACAAUCAACCUUUUAUUCUUAGAAGCGUGAAUUUCGUUGCGCCUCAAAAACAUUUGCUGGCUUUGGUCGUGUUUUUUUUUUUUUUUUUUUUUUUAAUCGAAAGUAGCGGAUUUUUUCAUCAUCCAGGCGUUAACCAAGGUUUGUGACUAAACAAGUCAUUGACUAAAAAAUACAGUGUUAUGCUAAUGUAAAAAGAAAAGUUGAUUAUUAAUAUUUUUGUUUCUUGCACCAGCUUUAUUUUUUCCACCAUUUUCGCUUUAAAACAAUGGCCAACAUUGAAAGUAUAAAUGCAGAGAUAUCGCACACUUUAUUGGAUUUCUUGAGUUUUUUUUUUUUUUAUUUAUGCCACAUUCAAAGUCCUUAGGCCUUAUGCUUUGUUUCUCACACAGCAUUCUGGACGGUGGAAUACAGUAAUCUGCCUAACCUGCUUGUCCGUCUUGCCGCAUAACCUUCCCACUUUCCAAGAGAAUGCUGCUUGAAUUGCAGGCUCCGUAACAAAGUAUGCUGUGAUGUGGCCAUGUUUCACAUGUGCAUGUGUUUGUAUGUGCAGUGUGUGCAAAGUCCCGGCCACUAGGCACAGCGCAGAGAGGUUGGAAAUUGAUGACCACUUCGGUUAGCAUCCCCCUUUUUUUCUCACCUGGCUAAUUGGAUGAUUUAGCUGCAUGUCACUUUGCCGCUUUUCUUAUAUCAACUUUGGCAGUACUGGUCUGGUGAGACAUCUAGGUGCAUGACAAAAGGGGAGGGGCUAGAAACCUUUCCCAUUCAUUGUCCAACUGGCAUUCAAGUUUUAAUGUCUAGUUGGACAAGGCAAAGACGACCUACACUCUAUAAACAAGGCUCCCAAUUGGGUGCCGCUGCUUUCCGGAGAUGAGCUGACCAACCAGUGGUGAGCGCUGUGCUGCCCGUGUCUGUCGCUGGUGGUUUGAAUGUGUGUGUAAAAUAUGUGCAAUACGUGUACAGUGAAGUUCUGCAUGCAAAGGCUGCCGUGCCUGUGUGUGUUUUUUAGAUCCUCCUAGGCAUCUAACAAAUAUACUAGACAGACUCCUUAACCAAUGCUGGGUUAGUGGUUUCACUGGCGCUCUUUUUCCGACGAGCCUGGAGGUGAAACGGAAGAAACAUUCCUAAGGGUAACAAACAGUAUUUCCCUUUUUUUUUUUCUUUUCCUUUGGAUUGUUUAUCUUUUUUAUAACAGUGCAAAGACUAGUCAUCUGUAAUUAGAACUUAAUAGAGCACUUUUCCUUUCUUCGACUUUUUCUCUCAAUACUUUUCUUCUUGUGUUUCUGUCGACCGAGAAAGACUCCGUUUUGUGGAGACAUAAAAAAAAGAAAAGAAAGAAGAGACAUAUGGAUCUGUGUAGAUAUUGCGUGCUAUUUGGCGUUACUUGAAGACCCCAAUAAAGGGAAAUUCUAAGUUGUGUGUAUGAAAAACAAAA